CAGUGGUCGGAGCAGACGGGAGUUUCUCCUCGGGGUCGGAGCAGGAGGCACGCGGAGUGUGAGGCCACGCAUGAGCGGACGCUAACCCCCACCCCAGCCGCAAAGAGUCUACAUGUCUAGGGUCUAGACAUGUUCAGCUUUGUGGACCUCCGGCUCCUGCUCCUCUUAGCGGCCACCGCCCUCCUGACGCACGGCCAAGGGGAGGGCCAAGAAGAAGGCCAACAAGGCCAAGAAGAAGACAUCCCACCAGUCACCUGCGUACAGAACGGCCUCAGGUACCAUGACCGAGACGUGUGGAAACCCGUGCCCUGCCAGAUCUGUGUCUGCGACAACGGCAAUGUGUUGUGCGAUGACGUGAUCUGCGACGAAAUCAAGAACUGUCCCAGCGCCAGAGUCCCUGCGGGCGAGUGCUGCCCCGUCUGCCCCGAAGGCGAGGUGUCACCCACCGACCAGGAAACCACGGGAGUCGAGGGACCCAAGGGAGACACUGGCCCCCGAGGCCCCAGGGGACCCUCUGGCCCCCCUGGCCGAGACGGCAUCCCUGGACAACCUGGACUUCCUGGACCCCCCGGACCUCCUGGACCCCCCGGACCCCCUGGCCUCGGAGGAAACUUUGCUCCCCAGUUGUCUUAUGGCUAUGAUGAGAAGUCAGCAGGAAUUUCCGUGCCUGGCCCCAUGGGUCCUUCUGGUCCUCGUGGUCUCCCUGGCCCCCCUGGCGCACCUGGUCCCCAAGGUUUCCAAGGCCCCCCUGGUGAGCCUGGCGAGCCUGGCGCCUCCGGUCCCAUGGGUCCCCGUGGUCCUCCUGGCCCCCCUGGCAAGAACGGAGAUGAUGGUGAAGCUGGAAAGCCUGGUCGCCCUGGUGAGCGUGGGCCUCCUGGACCUCAGGGUGCUCGGGGAUUGCCCGGAACAGCUGGCCUCCCUGGAAUGAAGGGACACAGAGGUUUCAGUGGUUUGGAUGGUGCCAAGGGAGAUGCUGGUCCUGCUGGUCCCAAGGGUGAGCCUGGUAGCCCUGGUGAAAAUGGAGCUCCUGGUCAGAUGGGCCCCCGUGGUCUGCCUGGUGAGCGAGGUCGCCCUGGACCCCCUGGCCCUGCUGGUGCUCGUGGAAAUGAUGGUGCUACUGGUGCUGCUGGACCCCCUGGUCCCACUGGCCCCGCUGGUCCUCCUGGCUUCCCUGGUGCUGUUGGUGCUAAGGGUGAAGCUGGUCCCCAAGGAGCCCGAGGCUCUGAAGGUCCCCAGGGUGUGCGUGGUGAGCCUGGCCCCCCUGGCCCUGCUGGUGCUGCUGGCCCUGCUGGAAACCCUGGUGCUGAUGGACAGCCUGGUGGCAAAGGUGCCAACGGCGCUCCUGGUAUUGCUGGUGCUCCUGGCUUCCCUGGUGCCCGAGGCCCCUCUGGACCCCAGGGUCCCAGCGGCCCCCCUGGUCCCAAGGGUAACAGCGGUGAACCUGGUGCUCCCGGCAGCAAAGGAGACACUGGCGCCAAGGGAGAGCCCGGUCCCACUGGUGUUCAAGGCCCCCCUGGCCCUGCUGGAGAAGAAGGAAAGCGAGGAGCCCGAGGUGAACCCGGACCUGCUGGCCUGCCUGGACCCCCUGGCGAGCGUGGUGGACCUGGUAGCCGUGGUUUCCCUGGCGCCGAUGGUGUUGCUGGUCCCAAGGGUCCCGCUGGUGAACGUGGUUCUCCUGGCCCUGCUGGUCCCAAAGGUUCUCCUGGUGAAGCUGGUCGCCCCGGUGAAGCUGGUCUGCCUGGUGCCAAGGGUCUGACUGGAAGCCCUGGCAGCCCUGGUCCUGAUGGCAAAACUGGCCCCCCUGGUCCCGCUGGUCAAGAUGGUCGCCCUGGACCCCCAGGCCCUCCUGGUGCCCGUGGUCAGGCUGGUGUGAUGGGUUUCCCUGGACCUAAAGGUGCUGCUGGAGAGCCUGGCAAAGCUGGAGAGCGAGGUGUUCCCGGACCCCCUGGCGCAGUUGGUCCUGCUGGCAAAGAUGGAGAAGCUGGAGCUCAGGGACCCCCCGGACCUGCUGGCCCUGCUGGUGAGAGAGGAGAACAAGGCCCCGCUGGCUCCCCUGGAUUCCAGGGUCUCCCUGGCCCUGCUGGUCCUCCUGGUGAAGCAGGCAAACCUGGUGAACAGGGUGUUCCUGGAGAUCUCGGUGCCCCCGGCCCCUCUGGAGCAAGAGGCGAGAGAGGUUUCCCCGGCGAGCGUGGUGUGCAAGGUCCCCCCGGUCCUGCAGGUCCCCGUGGAGCCAACGGUGCCCCUGGCAAUGAUGGUGCUAAGGGUGAUGCUGGUGCCCCUGGAGCCCCUGGUAGCCAGGGCGCCCCUGGCCUUCAGGGAAUGCCUGGCGAACGAGGUGCAGCUGGUCUCCCAGGUCCUAAGGGUGACAGAGGAGAUGCUGGUCCCAAAGGUGCUGAUGGUGCUCCUGGCAAAGAUGGCGUCCGCGGUCUGACUGGCCCCAUUGGUCCUCCUGGCCCCGCUGGUGCCCCUGGUGACAAGGGUGAAACUGGUCCUAGCGGUCCUGCUGGUCCCACUGGAGCUCGUGGUGCCCCCGGUGACCGUGGUGAGCCUGGUCCCCCCGGCCCUGCUGGCUUCGCUGGCCCCCCUGGUGCUGAUGGCCAACCUGGUGCUAAAGGCGAACCUGGUGAUGCUGGUGCUAAAGGCGAUGCUGGUCCCCCCGGCCCUGCUGGACCCACUGGCCCCCCUGGCCCCAUUGGUAGCGUUGGUGCUCCCGGACCCAAAGGUGCUCGUGGCAGCGCUGGUCCUCCUGGUGCUACUGGUUUCCCUGGUGCUGCUGGCCGAGUCGGUCCCCCCGGCCCCUCUGGAAAUGCUGGACCCCCUGGCCCUCCUGGCCCUGCUGGCAAAGAAGGCAGCAAAGGUCCCCGUGGUGAGACUGGCCCCGCUGGGCGUCCCGGUGAAGCCGGUCCCCCUGGCCCCCCUGGCCCCGCUGGUGAGAAAGGAUCCCCUGGUGCUGACGGACCUGCUGGUGCUCCCGGUACUCCUGGACCUCAGGGUAUUGCUGGACAGCGUGGUGUGGUCGGCCUGCCCGGUCAACGAGGAGAAAGAGGCUUCCCUGGUCUUCCUGGCCCAUCUGGUGAACCCGGCAAACAAGGUCCUUCUGGAGCAAGCGGCGAACGUGGCCCCCCUGGUCCCAUGGGCCCCCCUGGAUUGGCUGGACCCCCUGGCGAGUCUGGACGUGAGGGAGCCCCUGGCGCUGAAGGAUCCCCUGGACGAGACGGUGCUCCUGGCCCCAAGGGUGACCGUGGUGAGAGCGGCCCUGCUGGACCCCCUGGUGCUCCUGGUGCUCCUGGUGCCCCCGGCCCUGUCGGCCCUGCUGGCAAGAGCGGCGAUCGUGGUGAGACUGGUCCUGCUGGUCCUGCUGGUCCCAUUGGCCCUGUUGGUGCCCGUGGCCCUGCUGGACCCCAAGGCCCCCGUGGUGACAAGGGUGAGACAGGCGAACAGGGCGACAGAGGCAUUAAGGGUCACCGUGGCUUCUCUGGUCUCCAGGGUCCCCCUGGCCCUCCCGGCUCUCCUGGUGAACAAGGUCCCUCCGGAGCUUCUGGUCCCGCUGGUCCCCGAGGUCCCCCUGGCUCUGCUGGUGCUCCUGGCAAAGAUGGACUCAACGGUCUCCCCGGCCCCAUCGGUCCCCCUGGGCCUCGUGGUCGCACUGGUGAUGCUGGCCCUGUUGGUCCCCCCGGCCCUCCUGGACCCCCCGGUCCCCCUGGUCCUCCCAGCGGCGGUUUCGACUUCAGCUUCUUGCCCCAGCCACCUCAAGAGAAGGCUCACGAUGGUGGCCGCUACUACCGGGCCGAUGAUGCCAACGUGGUCCGCGACCGUGACCUCGAGGUGGACACCACCCUCAAGAGCCUGAGCCAGCAGAUCGAGAACAUCCGGAGCCCCGAAGGCAGCCGCAAGAACCCCGCCCGCACCUGCCGCGACCUCAAGAUGUGCCACUCCGACUGGAAGAGCGGAGAAUACUGGAUUGACCCCAACCAAGGCUGCAACCUGGACGCCAUCAAGGUCUUCUGCAACAUGGAGACAGGCGAGACCUGCGUGUACCCCACUCAGCCCAGCGUGCCCCAGAAGAACUGGUACAUCAGCAAGAACCCCAAGGACAAGAGGCACGUCUGGUACGGCGAGAGCAUGACCGACGGAUUCCAGUUCGAGUACGGCGGCGAGGGCUCCGAUCCUGCUGACGUGGCCAUCCAGCUGACCUUCCUGCGCCUGAUGUCCACUGAGGCUUCCCAGAACAUCACCUACCACUGCAAGAACAGCGUGGCCUACAUGGACCAGCAGACCGGCAACCUCAAGAAGGCCCUGCUCCUCCAGGGCUCCAACGAGAUCGAGAUCCGGGCCGAGGGCAACAGCCGCUUCACCUACAGCGUGAUCUACGACGGCUGCACGAGUCACACCGGAGCCUGGGGCAAGACAGUGAUCGAAUACAAAACCACCAAGACCUCCCGCCUGCCCAUCAUCGAUGUGGCCCCCUUGGACGUUGGCGCCCCCGACCAAGAAUUCGGCAUUGACCUUAGCCCUGUCUGCUUCCUGUAAACUCCCUCCGCCCCAAUCUGGCUCCCUCCCACCCAACCCAAUUGCCCCUGACCCUGGAAACAAACAAACACCCCAAACGGAAACCCCCCCCAAAAGCCAAAAAAUGGGAGACAAUUUCACAUGGACUUUGGAAAAUAUUUUUUUCCUUUGCAUUCAUCUCUCAAACUUAGUUUUUAAAUCUUUGACCAACUGAACAUGACCAAAAACCAAAAGUGCAUUUCAAACCUUACCAAAAAAAAAAAAAAAAAAAGAAUAAAUAAAUAACUUUUUAAAAAAGGAAGCUUGGUCCACUUGCUUGAAGACCCAUGUGGGGGUACGUCCUUUUCUGCCCGUUGGGCUUAUGACACCCCAACUCUGCCCUUUCUGCUCCUUUCUCCAUGCCUUCCUGGGGCCUCCCCUCCACUGCUCCCCAAAUCUGAGUCUCCCCCAAAGACACAGAAAACAAUGCAUUGUCUGCCCGGCAACCAAAGGCAAUGCUGAAACACCCAGUGGCCCCCCAACUCCCAGCCCACCCCCCUCACCCAGCACCCCCAAACCCUGGGGGCACCUGGAGUUCGCGGACUGCCAAGGAAGCCUUUACCAUCUGGCGUCCCCGUCGCCUUGGCAACAUACCCCUCUUUGUUUUUGAGGGGAGCAUGCCAGGGAGACCACCGGCCCUUCACCACCGGGUUCGAAGGAAAGUCAGGAGGGGCCAAGACAGAGCAGAAACCUCGGAUUUGGGACCCAAACGGGCCAGAGCCCCGUGCAACCUGGCUGGGUGGGAGAGACUGACCGCUCUGUUCCUUGCCUAAUUGUGUUGCUGAAAGACUACCUCGUUCUUGUCUUUGUGUGUCACCGGGGCAACUGCGUGGGGGCGGGGAUGGGGGCGGGGUGGCAGGGGCUCCUCAUUUUAUACCAAAGGUGCUACCAAUGUGACGGGGGCGGGGUGGGGGGGGGAAAUCAUUGGUGCUACAUGGAAGUGGAGACACACCCCGCCCCCUCAGGCCAGCAAAUGUUCCUUUUUUGUUUCAAAGUCUUUUUUUUAUUCUUUGUUUUUUUUUUUUUUCCUUGUGGAUGGGGACUCAUGUGAAUUUUCUAAAGGUGCUAUUUAAUGGGGGGCGAGAGUGCCGGCUUUGGACAGGGCCACUCGCUCUCCACCCUUUCUUCUUCCCCCUCGGCCGCCUCUCACCCCCUGAGGCCUCUCUCCCCCCACGACUUCCUCUCUCUCCUCUGAAACCCUCUCCUCCUCAGCUGCAUCCCACCCUCGUGGCCUCUCUCUCUCUCUCUGUCUGUCCUGUGUCCUCUCUCACUGGGUUUCAGAGCACAGAUGCCCAAAGCACAAAAGCAGUUUUCCCCUGGGGUGGGAGGAAGCAAGAGACUUUGUACCUAUUUUGUAUGUGUAUAAUAAUUUGAGAUGUUUUUAAUUAUUUUGAUUGCUGGAAUAAAGCAUGUGGAAAUGACCCAAA